GUGGAUGCACGAAGCAUACCAGUGUUAGCAAAAUGGCAAAAUUCCUAUAGCAUUAAAGUUGUACUUCAAGAGCUAAGACGUCUAAUGAUGUCCAAAGAAAAUAUGAAGCUUCCACAGCCACCAGAAGGACAGACAUACAACAACUGAUUUUAGUGGAUCUCAAACUUGUCUUAAAUCAACAACCUUCUACUCAUGUUAAUGUCUUGAUUAAAUAUCACCAUGCAAAAUACCCACACAUUAAGUAAAAGAAUUUUAGCUGGUAAACAUGAUCCGGAGAGUUGUAAGAAUAUAUUUAAUAUAUGUACACCUAUUAUGUUUUCAGGUAACAGAAGUGCAGCACAAUUUUUCUUUCUCUUCUUAAAGCACUGUCAUUUAAACAUGAACCUGAAAUAUUCAAAAUUGAAUUCUGGUUUUCAAGACAAAAGCAUGGAAAAGGAGUGUCAGAUGGCAGUGGAAACCUUUGUCUUUCUGAAAAGUAAAGUCUCAAGAAGGAAGAACAGAAAUGGCAUGCUUUAUCCAUCAUCCUUAGACUGCAGUGAACUGUUUAAAGUAGCAGGUAUAAUGAGUAGUCACAAUUGUGUUAACUCUUGAAGUGGUGCGGAUGUGGGUGCUGACUACUAUAGCAUCAAAAAUUGCUUCAGGAUUGUUUUGAUACCUGUAUUUAUAAUAAAAAGAUGUUGGGUAUUGAUGACUCUCUGUUAAAAGCUGUUCCUGUUUGUUACAUGUAACAGACAUGAUAAAUAACUGUUUACAGUCUUUGUUUAAUAAAACAUACUUAGAAGUUUUAAGUGAAGUCAACAAAAAGGAAAUAGGUGAAUGGAUAUGUGAUUCUGAGAUUAAAGUUAGUCUUGAAAUGUAAAUAAAAUAUGGAAUGUGUCCUCAGA